AUGGCUUCUUUUCAAUUCUCUGCUACGAACCUACCCACCCAACUUUUCGUCAACAAUGAAUAUGUCCCUGCCAAAAAUGCUAAGACAUUUUCCGUUCUCAGUCCCAAGGACGGAUCCUUGGUCUCUGACAAGGUGCCUCUCGCGGACAAGGCCGAUGUCGACCGAGCCGUUGAUGCUGCGGAAGCAGCCUUCCCCGCCUGGAGGGCCGUCUCAGCAGUAGAGAGACGAGAAAUCAUGUUGAAGUUUGCAUCAUUGCUUGACCAGCAUUCAGAAGCUCUAGCUGAACUUUCUCGAAUCACGCAAGGUGCUCCGUACUUGGCCUGGGGAAAGUUUGAGAUUGCUGUUGCGGCAGAGGCAUUCCGGUAUUACGCUGGCUGGAUUGAUAAGUUUCAAGGAGACGCCUAUCCAGAGGAGGAUGGAUUUCUAAAAAUUACCCGCCAUGAACCCUUGGGCGUUACUGCAGGCAUUGUACCUUGGAACGGUCCUUUAGGAUCAGCUGGGACUAAGAUGGCACCUGCAUUGGCUACUGGCAAUACCUUCAUUUUGAAACCAUCUGAGAAGACCCCCUUCGCAUCACUUGGUCUUGGUCCAUUAAUCAAGGAGGCUGGCUUCCCCCCAGGCGUGCUGCAGGUUCUUUCAGGUGACGGCUCGACCGGUGCUUUACUUGCCUCCCAUAUGCGUAUUCGAAAGAUCAGCUUUACAGGAUCUAUUCCCACCGGUAAAAGAAUCCAGCAAUAUGCAGCAGAAUCUAAUCUCAAGAGAGUCACCCUAGAACUUGGUGGGAAGUCACCUGCUAUUAUUUUUGAUGAUGCAAAUCUCGAUAAUACGGUCUCUUGGUGCGUCAAUGCUAUUGCAGCUAAUACGGGACAAAUUUGCUUUGCUGCAUCGCGCAUCUAUGUACAAGAAGGAAUUAAAGAAAAAUUCCUAGAGAAGUACAAGGCUGCUUUGCAGGAACGUGGUCAAGCGACGGGUGAUCCAGACCAGCCAACCACUUUGAUGGGCCCCUUAGUAGAUGAAGCUCAAUUCAAGAGAGUCACCGGGUUUAUUGAGCGAGGUGCCUCCCAAGGAACCCUAAUCCUAGGUGGAAAACGCAUCGGUAACUCAGGCUUCUUUGUGGAACCCACCUUGUUUGCCGAUGUCCCCCAGGACGCUGAGAUUUACCAGCAAGAGAUCUUUGGUCCGGUGGGCAUUGUGAAUACCUUCAAAACCGAGGGUGAAGUCAUCAAGAAGGCUAAUGCAACCGAAUAUGGCCUUAUGGCCGGCAUUUUUACUCAAGAUAUCAACAGAGCGUUGCGGGUUUCCAGUGCAUUGGACUCUGGUAUGGUAGGUGUCAAUCUCGUCAGUCGCUAUUUCCUGAAUGCUCCUUUUGGUGGCACCAAGCAGAGUGGUAUCGGCCGUGAAAAUGGCAGGGCUGCGUUGGAAGCCUUCACGGAUACGAAAACAGUAAUGGUCAAUUUGACGUACUGA